AUGUCGAGAAAAGGGGUUCUUUAUUUCAGGCCUUACCUUGCCCUGCGACUAACCACUCCAACAGCACACGAAAACAUUAGCAAGCUCGAAGACGUAGGGAGAGACGUGGCUCUGCCUGGAGUGCCCUUCUUAGCUCAGUCCUUGCGUCCCGUCCCCGCAGCAUGUGCGCAAAAUUGCUUGCCCUUACCCUGGCCGCACAGCACACUGAAGAACCUGACGCCGUGGAACGACAGUGCGGCGGAGAACGACCUCCGAUGGCUAGGCAGUAAGUGCGAAGCCGGGCGGUUUAGCGAGGACUCGAACAAACACGCACAGACAGACAAUGGGACACGUCAAACUGCUAGCAACCCAUCCGUUAAUUUCCAGGCAUAUACAGGCCAUAAUUCUGCUCGUCUGCAACUGUUGAGGUCCCAACAGAUUCCUAAUGUGCUCUGUGGUGUCCCGAUCGAUCGUGCACCCCCCUUCGGCACAGGGCCGCCGCAGGCAGAGGCACUCUUCUCUCUCAAAAGGGCAGUGGCAAAUUCUGCGCACCUUCCUCCUCGUACUUCCUCCGACAAAAGCCCCUCUCACCUCCCCAACAUCCUUUCGUUCCUCUUCUCUCCUCCAUCAACAGCAGCUUGCAACAGCCUCCUUUUCGGCUACGGCCUCCCGGCCGUCCCCCGACAAACCUCUCGUCGCACUUCUCCGAGGCGGCCCCCCUUCCUCCGCAGGGAGAUCUGGGUCUUCAACAAGGGCCCUGCUCCCGUGGUGUUGUGUCCAUGGGAAGGACGGGGCAGGGCCCUUCCACCAAGCGGGGGGGCCGCCUCCUCGCCGAGUUUUCAUUGGUGUUGGCUAUGGGAUAACUCAAAUGUCUUUCUUUUCGAUUGA